AUGGAAAAGUAUAAUGUAGUUCCUGAUAUCAUAAGUUAUAAUAAGAAGUUACGAGGAUUGGUGUUAGAAGAAAAGAUGCAGGAUGCAGUGGACUUUGUUCAGGAAAUAUUGUCUAAGGGUUUGAAGCUUGAUGUUUACACUUAUAAUAUUUUGUUCAGUGGCUUCUGCAGGGAUGGGAAGUAUUUAGAGGAGGCCGUAAAAUGGUUUGAUGAAAUGAUGAAAAACAAGUGUCCACCGGACCGCCUGACAUUUUCUACAUUGCUAAGAUAUGCUUGUGAUAACAAAGAUUUCCGUUUUGGUUCUCGGUUGUGUAGAUUAUUGUUUUAUCGUCGUUGUCGGUUGAAUGAGGGAGGCUUGAUUCAGAAGGUUAUUGAUGGGUUAGUGAGGCAGUCCAACAUCAGGGAAGCUGAGAUAUUGGUGAAAUUUGGAAAGGAUAGUAGAUAUUCUUGUUAUCACAACCUUAAAAUGCCUAAGUUUGAUACUUAG